AGAAAGAUGAGUGCAGAGAGGGGGAGGGGAAGAUGAGGAAGCAGACAGAGGAAGACAGGAGAAGAGAAAGAGAAAAAGAUGAGAGCAGGGAGGGGAAGGAGGAGAUCAGGAAUCAGACAGAGGAAGAGGAGAGAAGAACAAGAGAGAAAGAUGAGUGCAGGGAGAAGGAGGAUAUCAGGAAGCAGACAGAGGAAGAGGGGAGAAGAACGAGAAGGAGGGAAGAGGAAGUGGAUGAAAACCAGGAAGAAAAGCUACAUGUAGGGGAACAGAAGUUAUGGCAGGAAGAAGGGAAAAGAAAUGAAGAAUGGAAGGAUAACAUGAAGAGGGAAGAGCAGAUCUAUAGUACAAUGGAGGAAAAGCAAAUUGGAAAGGAGAAGGAGACAAGGACAAAAGACAGGUUCAUGGUUGUAGAUUUUUUGGAGCCACAGACUCCCAAACUGGAAGAAUCAAAAAACAAGAAGUAUGAGGAAGUCCAGAAACAGAAUCAACUGGAGAGGAACCCCAGGAUGGAGGAGGAGAAUGUGCGGCGUAGAGAGAUAAUCAAUAGAUUCCAGGAGAAUUACACAAAACAAGAGACAGUAAAAAGAACUUCACAGGAUCCAGCAUGGAGCAUCAAUGGAAGACACAGAGAAAAUUCAGCCCCAUCAGGGAACAAGACCGGAACCUGGAAGCUUCCAGAUAAUCAGCAGGACAGAUUGUUGCAUCCUCAGUGUGAUGAAGAACAACUUGACAGUCUCUCCAUGCAAAGGGCCAGUCUGUUCUCCUGUGUCUGCUCUGUGGACCCGUGCAUCUCCCCUGAGAAUUCAGUAAACAAAGGCCCAGAGAUGACAUGUCUGCACACAUAUGGAGCUGCGAUGAAUCCAUCUGAGACUCAGGGUCUUCGUGGGGGUCCUGUGGACAAGAGCCUUCAUCACCCUGCACCUGAUGAGCUGCUCUCCAAGGACAAUGUGCGUCUGCCAGACAGUAUAGAGCGAAAGCGGGUGAGGUGGAUGCAUGCCUGCACCCCCUGGUCCAAAGUCACCUCACGGGGACUUACGGGACAUCAGAGGGAGAAGAAGGUGGUGGCAAGACGUCCACCAAAUGAGCUCCCACCCAUUGCUGUGGAUGUUCUUCUUCGGGCUGGUACAUGCAGCUCUCUGAAACAGGUGACUACAGUGACCCUUGAAGAUUUACCUGGCUGUAGCUUGUCCACAUUAUCUGAGUGCGUAAAACUGCAGGCACUGACACUCAGAAGGUGUGGUCUGAUAGCUUUAGAGGGAAUCAGCAGGUGUCAGGACCUCGGACACAUUGAUGUACAGGAAAAUUCCAUCAGGUUUAUAAACUGCCAGGAUUUGGUGAACCUCCGAGUCCUUCUCUUGAAUCGGAAUCAGUUGACAUCGAUCCAUGGGCUGGAAGGUGCCAGCAACCUCGCCGUGCUGGAGUUAUCGUACAACAGUAUCUCCCGCAUCAGUGGUCUAGAGACUUUAACAAACCUUCAGAGAUUACUGAUCGACCAUAACCAGCUGAUCAGCACCCGGGGCCUGAGGGGUGUCUCUACCCUCCUGUAUCUCGACUGUGCUCACAACCACCUUAGCAGCCUUGAUGGCAUCGAUGGCUGUGUCCUGCUGGGGACACUGCGGCUGCAGGGAAAUAACAUAUCAGAGCCUCCCCGCCUGUCUGACCACGUGCUGAUCAGGGAGCUGCACCUGGACGAUAACAGUCUGUCGUCUUUGGACAGUGUGUCGGCCUGCUGGCUGCCGCUGCUCCGUCGCAUCUCCGCCUCUCGGAACAGCAUCACCCAGCUGCCAGCCCUGUCUGAUUUCCUGUCCUUGCGGAGUCUGGACGUCAGCUACAACUGCCUGUCAGACCUGGCAAACGUCCGACUCGGCCUUCGGGGGUGUCCGCGUCUCCAGGACAUUCAUGUGUUCAAAAACCCUUUUCAACAGGAAGUCGACUGGAGAUCCGCCUUGCUGGAGACGCUACCUGGCUUGAGGGAGAUCGAUGGCGAGCAGAUCAGCACAUCCCCGGCCUCGGCAACGGAUGGAAAAUGCGAAGUGGUGCCUGGCAGCUUCACUGCGCUCUGCCAGUUCCAAGCUGAGCAGCUGGAGAGAGAGCAAGGCAGGCUGGACAGGGGGCGCCACCAGCUCAGUGAGAAUCUUCUUCAUCUGGCCGUUGGAUAUCGAAACGCCCAUGAACGUGGUGACAUGAGCUUCACUGACGGCCGUGAAGCAGAAGCACACAGCGACCUGCGGAUUCAGCAGGAAGGUGCCCAGGAACUACAAGCCUUUUCCCAAGAACAGAAAACUGUGCUCCAGCUCAGGCCUCCGAAGCUGCCUGGUCCCACCUUGGUGGACAAAGACCCAGAAAGCUGCACACUUCCUCCAUAUGACUCCCAGAGGCCCUCCGAAGAAAGGGACAGUGUAGGGAUGACAGUCAUUCAGCAUCAGUGGCAUAAAUACAGCCAUGAUAACUUGAAUGGAACCAGGGACACUGGAGAACACAGCUUAGUACGCAGUGGAGUACGUAUGGAUGGGGAAUGGGCAGCCACUCUUAUUCAGGCUGUUUGGCGGGGAUAUUCUUUACGGCAGAAGCUGGCCGUGGCUUUAGCCUCUGCUCAGAUUAGCGAGGGGGAGGACGACUUUGAUGAGGUGGACGUGGAUGAAUUUGCAUUUGACGAGGCAGCACUGGAUGAGGCCUGGGUCACCCCGGAUCCCGGAGGCUCCCCACCCCCCACGGUUCCCCUCUCUGAUCAGGCAGCACUGGAUGAGGCCUGGAUCACCUCGGAUCUCAGAAGCUCCUCUCUCCCCACGAUUUCCCUCGCCGAGCAGCCGCUACGGCCAAAGCCACCUGGAGGUCACUGCCCUGCAUCGCUACCAAGGCCCAGAGGUGCGUGGCAGAGUAGCGAAGACAACGCAGAGCUGGACCCCCCUCGGAGGAACAUGGCCAGGAGGAAUGAAACUCCAGUGGCAUGUGGGGAUUGUGCUUUUUCAGAAAAAUCUGAGCAAAUAUUAGAGGAAUGGGGAAUUACAGACCAGUAUACCGCACAUCUGAUGCUAAAAAGGGCACAGAAAAUGGGCCCCAAGGAACAGCAAAGAAAAUUGAGGGAGUCAGAUAUCAACGGAUUAUCAUCUGUGUCCUGCCUGCAUGGAGUAGGCAGAGCACCGAGGUCUUCCCAGUGGUCAGAUCCAGCUGUGCGUCUGGCACUAUUCAGAAGCAGCAAAAACAGAGCGGCCCCCCUAAAAGCACAGAAGAGAAGUAUCCCCGAAACAGAACACCAUAAAGAUGAGAGCAGCAUUCAGGCCUGGCACUGCCAUCACGUUGGAUCCAUCCCUUGGCAUGAACGUCCAGUGUCCGCAGAGAGUGAGCAUUUCCUGCCGGAGAUCAACCUCGAUGUCCUGAAUGGUGGCAGGGUCCAGCUCAUGGCGGGUUCUGGAUCUAGGGACGGCCCAGAUCAAGAGAGUCUGUCUGGAUCCAGUGGCACUGCUUUGUCUCCACGUCGCAAAGAACACAAUCCAGCGGGGAGACCCUUGCUGGGGCACGCGAGAAGGGCGGCGCUGUUGUCUGCCGGAGCUACCUCUGCCCCAUCCAUAAAGGAGCGCAUCUCAUUUCGGGACAACCCCGUUCAGCUGAGUGGCGGCUGGGGAGGUGGGAAGAAGCGGGCCAGACAGGGCAAGUAGCUGCGGAUGGUGGACGGAGAGACAGUGCUGUCGUUACAUUUACUGCAGGCAAAUGACUGUCCAUAUCUCAUUAAUACAGUAACAGAGAAAGAAGAGGCUCCUGUCAUUUAAGUUCAUAAAUGUUACUUACUAUAGUGAUUCUUCUUUAAUUGUAAACAGGCAGACCCAGUAUCAGUGUGAUCAUGUCUGCAUCACAAUUAAAGAUUAUAAGAAAUUAUUAAUACUAUAAUAACAUAAAUGGUAUUCCUGUUACCAAUGAUUUGUAAUGUAGCAACAUCUAAUAAAAUAGUAUAAAGUGCUGUAAUAAAGUAUACAAUGUAACGAAUUUAUAUUGACUUAUGAUUUAAGCUUAAAAAUAAGUAUAAACAAUGACAAUAAAGAACUUGUGUUCAACUCAUUAAUAGUGAUAAAAAAAAGUCAUAAAUCUGUAAAAAUU